CGCUUAUGUUCUUCUAGGGUUAACACUUGAAAGAGCGAGGCAGUUUUAGCAGAGCAGAAAUUCUUAAGCUUCGGUUGUAAUGACUCCUUCCAAGGUAAGAACUCCUAAGGUUAGCAGAAAUCCCGACCUUAUCAGAGGAGUGGGUAAAUUUUCUCGAUCUAAAAUGUACCACAAACGUGGUCUCUGGGCUAUCAAGGCUAAGAAUGGAGGAGUUUUUCCAAAGCAUGAUGCUAAACCUGCCGCCGCAGCUGUUGCUGUAAAAGCACCAAAGUUUUACCCAGCAGAUGAUGUUAAGAAGCCUUUGGUUAACAAACGCAAGGCUAAGCCAACCAAACUUAGGGAAAGUAUUACUCCUGGAACAGUUUUGAUUAUCUUAGCUGGAAGGUUCAAGGGUAAAAGAGUUGUAUUCUUGAAGCAGCUCCCAUCUGGAUUGCUCCUUGUUACUGGACCCUUCAAGGUUAACGGUGUUCCUCUAAGGCGUGUCAACCAAGCAUAUGUUAUUGGAACUUCUACCAAGGUUGAUAUCUCAGGAGUUAAUACUGAUAAGUUUAAUGACAAGUACUUCUCUAAGCCAACAGAGAAGAAGAAGAAGAAGAGCGAGGGAGAGUUUUUUGAAUCUGAAGAAAAGGAGAAGAACAACCUCCCACAAGACAAGAAGGAUGACCAAAAAACUCUAGAUGCUUCAUUGUUGAAGGCCAUCGAGGGAGUUGCUGACUUGAAGACCUAUUUGGCUGCACGAUUUUCCCUCAAGUCUGGCAUGAAGCCCCAUGAAUUAGUUUUCUAGGAAAGUUUUCAUUCGAAGCACUGUUAGCCUCUUUUUGCCUCAAGAAAUUCUCAUUGCGAAACCUUGUUACAUUUGACUGUGUUAAGUAGGCUGAAUCUGGUUUGAGCUAGCUUAGCUUUAUAUUUUUGUUUGGUUAAAUGGAUUCAAAUAUGCAACACUUAAUUAGCUAUGUUUUGUUCAAGUUCGCAUCGCUCAUUUUAGUUGCUGCAUAGUUUUUUGUGUAAACCAGUUGACAGCCAAGAAAGAGGGGUUAAAAAAGCAUACACUCCUUGUUGCUUCAAGGGCAGUGAAUUUUAGUGAUCCGUUGUUAUUUAGUAUGUUGAAUAA